AUGGGGUCGGUGGUGACCGCUUUCUCCGGCGGGGUGGAUAGUGCGCUAGUAGCGGUGGCAGCCCACGAAACGCUGGGCGCGAACUCCCUGGCGGUUACGGCGGUGUCCCCUGCUCUGGCUGCCCGGGAACUGGAAAUAGCCGAACAACUGGCGCGGCAGUUCGGAUUUGCUCACCGCGUUAUCCGCACCAACGAAAUGGAACGCGAAGGCUACACCCAGAACUCACCGCAACGCUGCUACUUCUGCAAGACCGAGCUGUAUACCCACCUCACCGCGCUGACUGAGGCCGAGAACUACGCCUGGGUGGCCAACGGAGCGAACACCGAUGACCAAGGCGACUACCGGCCCGGGAUGAAGGCCGCGGCGGAGCACCGGGCACGCAGCCCGCUGCUGGAGGCUGGGCUGGAUAAGGCGACGGUGCGGGCCAUCGCACUGCGGCUCAACAUUCCCGUGUGGGACAAACCCGCCCAACCAUGCCUUUCGUCGCGCGUUCCGUACGGGACGCCUGUUACGAUCGAGACGCUGUCAAAGAUCGAACGCGCCGAGGACUUUCUGAGAGGAUUGGGGUUGCGGGAGUUCCGGGCGCGCCAUCACGACAAGCUGUGCCGGGUUGAGGCGUCCGAGGACGAUAUGGAUCUGGCAUUCAGGCGCCGCGAAGAGAUUGUCGCAGGAUUGAAAAAAGUGGGCUACCUGUGGGUUUCACUUGACCUGACCGGCCUCCGUUCAGGCAGCCUGAAUGAGGUCCUGAAACCACAAGGCAAGGGGACUCCCUCGGUCUAG